AUGAUUAAUCAUUUUGGUCCAACCUAUUUUAGAAAACCAACUGACGCGGAUGUUAAAGAAAUAUUAAAGCAAAAUCAGGAAAGGGAAUUUCCCAGAAUGCUGGAUAGUCUUGACUGCAUGCAUUGGGUAUGGACCGGAUGUCCUACCUAUUGGGUCGGCCAGUAUAAGGGUCACUACGCAAAACCAACGGUUAUCCUUGAGGCUGCUGCUUCUUAUGAUUGUUGGAUAUGGAACGCUUUUUUUGGUCUCCCGGGAUCUCAGAACAAUAUAAAUGUUUUACAUAAAUCGCCUUUGUUUGAAGAUCUAAAGUAUGGAAUUUCACCUCGGGUAAAUUUUACUAUCAACGGGAAUCACUACACUCAUGGUUAUUAUCUUGCAGAUGGAAUUUAUCCAAAAUGGUCAACUUUAGUUCAAUGUUACUGUCAUCCACCUUCCGGUGAAAUGGGUCCUUCAUAUUCAUAUUUCAAUAGUAUACAAAUGGAUUUGAGAAAGGAUAUGGAACGGGAUUUUGUAAUUCUGAAGCGGAAGUUCGCCAUCGUUUGUGGGCCUUAUCGUGGUUUAAGUGCUCGUGAAAUGCAUAAUACUAUGCUGACUUGCAUAUAUGCAUACUGA